CCUUUAACGCUAAACUCGGGGCUAAAUUUAACCCACYUGUUCUAACUUGGGUUAACACGUCUGUCAGCUAAAUCAGUGCCUCACUCCUGAAGACUGAUAAUUAGCRUUCUAAACAUCGACAUCAUCGUCUUGUUUUGAUCAAAUACUCCGCGUAGCAGCGUUCAAAACAAGCUUCUUCUGAUCCUCAGUCCUGAAGAGUAGAGGUCCACGAGUCUGUAGUUCACCAGGAUAGAUGAUGGUUAGAUGAUGGUUCUGAAGCUGCUCCUCCUUCCAAACCCAGAGGAGCUGAAAAUGAUGCAGGAGGUCCCUGUCCCUGGCUGAGACCCGAGAGCUUCUGUGGUUUACAGAAAUGGAAACGAGAAGGAAAACAACACCGGGGAUCCUCACAUGGACCCCAGCUCCUCCAGCGCUGAACUCCUCCUCAUCAUCAUCAGAGGACAAAGAUGAUUUCUUUUCCCAGAUGGACGAGAACGGUGUCAUCGGACUGUCAGACUUGGAGGAGGCGGAGUCGGGCCACCCCCCUGAGGGUCCUGAACCUCUCGGCCCGGGAGCUUUUCGGCCUGGUCAUUUCACACCAGACUUCUCUAAAGUUGAACCCAGAGUUUAUUUCCCCAAAGGAGGCUACAAACCCCCGAGAAGCCAACAGUCACUGGUGUCGCCGGAGGCCCACAUCGCCUUUAAAUCCCCGGCCGACAUCGUGAUGGAGGUUCUUUUUGACAGCGACGGAUCCUCCACGCCGACCAAUGCCGCUACUUUCAUCGUCCCGCCGGAGUUCAGGUGUCGACAGCAGGCCUCCACCCUCCUCCAGCAGCUGCAGGAGGUAAACCUAAACUUUGACCCUGCACAGGCUGGACCCUCAGUUCUUCAUCCAGGUCUGAGCCUAAAGAAGUUCCUGAAUCUGGAUUUCUGUGCAGCACAGAGAGCUGAGACCCCCGUGGGUCCACCUGGUCCAAAUGGUUCUCCACGGUGUAAAGACUCUGACUCUCCUCAUGCUGUCCUCGAGUAUCCUGCUUUGGGACAGCAGCUCUCCAGUUUUCUUAUCAGCCAGACUGAGAGGUUCCUCCAGCAGCUGGAAACUUUUGAGGAUCUCAUAAAGAAUGAAAACCUCACACAUUGUCAAAAGAAGGAGGGUGUUUCUCGGCUCUCUGAGGGGCUGAACUCUUUAGAGAGGAGCUAUCUUCUGACYAGAGACGAGCACAGACUCCUCCAGCAGCGAGGACUGGAAGCCUGCCCGUUCGACCCCGAACGGGAGCUGGAGGGUCUGAUCUUUCAGUGCGGGCUGCACGUAGAGGAGCUGAAGGAGCAGCAGACUCCUGGAUCCUCCUCGACGUCUGAGGAGGAACAAACRCUGACUCCUCCUCAGAGUCUUCAUCGGUCACCGGAGGGCCCAGCAGACCCUGGACCAAGCUCGGCCAGCAACAAGAGUGACGAUGAGGAGGAGAAGGAUGAAGAAACUGUCAGACCUCUGAUCAGUGAACACACCUGUGUGGAGUCGAGAAAAACACAAAACCUAGGCCAAACCUUAAAGAAUCCUGAUCGUCUCAGAGUUUCCUCUCCGGAUGUAAAGACCUCUGAGCAGCCGGAGAGCGAGGAAGAGGAGCAGACGAGUCGAAGGACCAGGACUGAUCUGAAGACGAGAGUUGAGUCAGACCAGGACUCCCCGAUCUGCUCCAGAAACCAGCAGACCUGCUCCCAGGUGGACACGUCCUUCAGGGUGGACUUGUCCUCCCGGGUCAGCCCAUCCUUCAGGGUGGACACGUCUUCCCUGGUGGACUCAUCCUCCAUGGUCAGUCCGUACUCCCGGGUGGACUCGUCCUCCCGGGUCAGCCCGUCCCCCAUGAUCAGCCCGUCCUCCCAGGUCAGCCCGUCCCCCAUGAUCAGCCCGUCCUCCCAGGUCAGCCCGUCCCCCAUGAUCACCUCUGCUCCUCCAAUCGAUGCUCACAUCCAGGCAGCAGAAAGUGGAGGGAGGAGGGUGAAACUGGGCCUGUUGCCCAUCCCCCCCACUCCUCCUCUUCCUUCAUCCUGA